GAAACACCCUCGCCGGCUCUCUGGCCAAGAUCACCCCUACCACCACUACCCUUCUCUCUCUCUCUCUCUUUCUCUCUCUCUCUCUGUUGAAUCUGCAGCAAUGGCACUCAGUUUUUCACCCCUGCUCAUUAAUGACAUUUACUUCAAUGCCACUACUGACACCUAUCUGUCUUCUACAAAUGUCGAUAUCACCUCCAAUCUGAUGAAUGGCAACCCACAGCAGCAGCAGCUCACUUCACUCCGACGGAGCUCAGCGACCGAUGCCCUUGUUGCUCUGGGUUUAGAGUUUUGCUGCGUUAUCAUCCCGCGUUUGACGGUCCCCGGCCAUUCAGAUUCAAACGUCUUCGUUAACUUCGAAGAAGAAAUUCCGGUGUCUGCUGCAGGUAGGAAUUGCUCGGCUUUUGAGUGGCCGUUAUACCGUAUGAACCAGCUGCAUUACCUGUGGCAAAUGGUGUUGUGAUUGGUGAUAAGUGAGAGAAGAUUAUUAUGGACGGGCGGAGGCACUCGGUUGAUAUUCCCAUUUCGAAAGCUCUCGUAGCGCUCAGGAGAGUGAGGUCGUUGCGGGAUCCUUCUACCAAUUCCAUGAGCAAGUUCGCUGCUUUGGUCGACAAUGUGAAUUGGGACACUAAUUCUUGCAAUGGAAUAUCUCUGCAGUUCGUGGACUGUCCACAGAAAGGCAGCUCUCUGGAUGAUGGCCAACUGGGACGUGAAAGAGAAGACAAACCUUCUCCCGAGUUGGAUCCGCACUCUGGUGCGAGCAAGUGUAAUUUGAUCUCCUGUGAGGAUAUAGGGAUCAGGCAGGCCGAAAAGAAGGAUUGCCUAGGGAAAAAGUGGGAUGGGGUCCAUAAAUCAUUGGCUGACACAUACCAUCAUGAUCAUUUGGAAGACGGGUUUGCAUUUGCCGCACCGCCUACCGAUCAUUUGGAGGGUAUGGAUUCAUGUAGUGCAACCAUGGCAAGAUCAUCUCCCAUGGAAAAAGUUAAACAUUGGGCUUCGGCUCGGAAAUCUUACCAGAGAAAUCAGAGAAGGGAAUGUGGUGCAAUUGGUGAUCUUUCAAGCUGUGCAGGUAGUCCAAUACUGUCUGGAAGUGAUGCUUUUCCAGAAGGGUCAAGCCAGAACACAUCGUUGUUGUUUGCAAACGAAGAGUUUGACGGAGUAGAUCACCGCCGCUUUGGAUGCAAGGUAAGUUGUUGCUGGUCCAGAACCCCAAAAUUCAAAUGCUCGAACCCCUUCUCUGAUUUUGAGGAUAAUCCUUUGUUAAUGGGAGAUGGGAGUGAGACGUACCAAUGUGGGCGCUGGGAUAGUCGGAAUCUCUACAAUGUAGAGAGCGCUCAGUAUUCAGAAACUCCUAGGAGUCUCGGCCAAAAAUAUAGGCCAAAAUCUUUCAAAGAUUUGGUGGGACAAAAUGUAGUGGCACGGUCUCUUCUCGGUGCUAUUUCUAGAGGGAGAGUAUCCUCAAUCUAUCUCUUCCACGGUCCCCGUGGAACUGGGAAGACUUCUGCUUCGAGGGUUUUUGCAGCUGCGUUAAAUUGCCUGGCACUCGAGGGACACGGGCCAUGUGGGCUUUGCCGAGAAUGUGUUGUGUUUUACUCUGGCGGGAGCAAAGAUGUCAGGGAGGUUGAUUCUGUCAGACUCAACCGUGCAGAUGCUCUUACAUCUCUCAUAAAAAGUGCUUCCACCCCUCCCACUUCAUCCCGUUUUAAAGUUUUCAUUAUGGAUGAGUGCCAAUUGAUGCGCGAGGAGACAUGGGCUGUGAUUUCUAAUAGCCUAGAGAAAAUUUCAAGACAUUCAGUCUUUAUAAUGAUCUCUCCCGAUCUAGAGAAGUUGCCAAGAAGUGUCGUAUCUCGUUCUCAGCGAUAUCAUUUUCCAAAAAUAAAAGAUGCUGAUAUAGCUAGUAGACUUGGAAAUAUUUGCUCCGACGAGGGUGUCGACUUCGAUCAGGUCGCUUUGGAAUUCAUUGCUGCUAAAUCCAAUGGUUCACUUAGAGAUGCAGAGAUGAUGCUUGAUCAGCUUAGUUUACUUGGUACAAGGAUUACAAUGUCCAUGGCCUAUGAACUAGUUGGAACAGUCUCUGAUGAUGAUUUGCUUGAUUUGCUUGAUCUGGCAUUAUCAUCCGACACUUCUAAUACGGUUAUAAAAGCCAGGGAACUGAUGAGAUCCAGAGUUGAUCCAGUGCAACUAACAUCUCAGCUGGCAAGUCUGAUAAUGGACAUUCUUUCUGGUAAUUGCCAAGAACAUUGCUCGGAAGCAAGAAGGAAGUUUUUGAGAAGGCAUAGCUUGGAAGCUGACUUGCAUAAAUUGGGUCAUGCUCUGAAGAUGCUUUCUGAAACUGAGAAGCAACUGAGGACGUCAAAGAACCAAACAACCUGGCUCACUGUAGCACUGUUACACUUGAGUGCCACGGAUCAUUCUUCUCUGGAUGAACAUUAUUUUAAAUUUUGUUCGAGAACUCUGACAGAGAGAGAUGUUGAUGCUGACAACAGUGGUAGCAGAUCCAUUGCUGGGGAUAGCAAGAAGCAUUUCACCCCUAGUUUAUCUGAUCAUGACAAAUCUUGUUGCUUGAGAUCAGAGGAGGAUUACAGACAGAUAUUAGAUUCUACAUGGAGAAGAGCUGCAGAAUUAUGCAAAAGUAAUUCACUGAAGAGUUUUCUGAGGAAACACGGGAAGCUGUCAUCUCUCGGUUUAAAUAAUGGUAUGGUAGUCGCUGAAUUGGAAUUUAACAAUACUCACAAUGUAUCAAGGGCAGAAAAGUCGUGGAAGGAAAUUGCCAGUUCUCUUCAGUCUGUCCUUGGCUGUAAUGUGGAAAUAAGGAUCAAUCUCAUACCUGGUCCUUCUGCAACAAAGUGCUGUAAAGUGAAGAAGGCCUCUUUCAAUUUGUUCAGCUGUUCCCGCAGAAAGGAGCAGAAAAUGAAUUCAAAUUCCGAACAGGGGAGUGAUUCAGAUUGUUCUGGUUAUACCUCUGAAAAGCCAAUGAUAGGGGAUAGACCGAAUUUAGCCUGUUGCUCAAAUUCUGGGUCUCAAAAGCUACAUGUAUGCCAUCAUCAAAAGGCGGCUUCAAGUACUUUAAGAAAUGUAGAUGGCAAUUUCCUUGGCAUGGGUAAUUGUGGGUCUCAGAGGUCAUCAGAUGAUUUUAAGCAGCAGAAGACUUUGCAUUUUGCUGAUUGCUCGGAAGAACUCAAGUACUGGAGGCACCAAGUACUAAGUAUCCGAGAGUCGGGAAUUCAGUUCAGAUGUUGUUCUAGAGAAUCCAGGUGUCAGGAGGAGCUAAACAUGUUGGAGACUUCCCAAGUAACCUGUCACGGUACAGAAGCAAAGGAGAAGCUUGCAUUGUCUACCCCGAGAAGAUUGUCUUCUGAAACACUGAACUGUGCUGAGGAUUUGGAUGGACUAAUGGACGGUUCUGAUGUUCUUUGUUGGAGAACCCCCAGAUUGGCCUUGAGGAGGACUUGGCAUGAGAGGCAAAGCAGCUCGCGCUUGAUGGGCUGGGUUCUUCCUUGCGCUGCUGUUAAGUAGCUGGGCUGCUGGCAGGGUGCAGGGUCCUUUGGUAGCUUUAUAGUAAUCUUAUCCUGGUCGGGGCUAUGUAGGGGAAGGAAAUGUUGUUAAAACAGGUCAAAUGUUUAGCUGCUGAUUUAUUUAAGCUCAGAUGAACAUAUUUAUCAAGAAAUGCAAUGCAUCGAUUCGAAUGUA